ACCAUCCGCCAUAUUGAAAGUUCUACGGUGGGAAGUUGGUCAAACGUUGACCUUAUUCAAUAUUUAUAAUUAAUGCGCUACGGUAUUUUUUUUUAAAGUAUCCCCGAAAAUAUAUUAACUAUUUAUCGGUUUCUUUGUAGUGAGUUUUUUACAAAUAAGUGUAUUUUCACAUUUUUGCAACUCGUUUGACGAAUACGUCAUAACGCCAUGUUGUAUUCCUGCGCUGAUUGCAGGCACGAGAAAUCUGCCAACCCGUUUAUUUUUCGGGAUUAGUUCCCGAGAGUAAAUCGAACUGCGAUUUUGUACUCAAAUAUAUUUUAAUUUAUAUUUGUUGGCAAAUGUCAAAAAAACUUUUGUGAAAUCGAUGCAUCCCUGUUCUCGCAUUUCGAGUGUUAACUCCUAAUUUCAACUGCAGUUUUGUGCAUCCGCGAAAGUUGAAAGGACUGUGUUGUAAAAGAAAGAAGUGAUAAUUUGCCAAAAUUCCGGUCCCUACGCGCAGACGAGAAGGUGCCUACCCGCCGGGGCAGUCGGGCGAAGGAGAUAUGAACAACAAACGUAAAAAUCGCCAAGGGCCGCCGAGGUCGCCACGGGGCCGCGUGCUCCCUGAAGGCGUGUACAGCAACGCGCACUUCAUGCACGCCGUGACAGCGCAUGUGGGGGACAACGUGCAGGUGCUCACGCAGUCGGGCAGCUUGUGGGAGGGGGUCUUCAAGACGUUCAGUGCUCAAUUUGAGGUGGUACUAGAAGUGGCGCACCGCGUGGACGCAGAAGGCGUGGUGGCCGUCGACUCAGUGGUUGAGAAGCUUAUCUUCAAGCCGCAGGAUGUGGUCUCCAUCCGCGCCAAGGACUCGGACCUCGAGUACGCCACACACGAUGUGUUCCAGACUGACAGCGCUAUAUCCAGCAAGUUCAAUGGCACCGUCCGCGUAGCCGAAGAGCGUCAAUUGGAGCCGUGGGACGCGUGCGACGGUGAUGCCGGCGAAUCGCCCGCCCUAAACGGCGACGCGAGCCUCGACGACUUGGAGCUAGACCAUCGCGCCAACGGCUGGGACGCCAACGAUAUGUUCCGCAAGAACGAAGAAGUGUACGGCGUCCACAGCACCUACGACCACUCGCUAGCUGGGUACACGCUGCCGUUGCAGAGGAAGGAUACCCAGGACUAUAGAGACGCGGAAGCCAAAGCUGAAGAGAUAGCCGCCGAGAUUGAAAGUGCGCCCGCGUACAAGGCGCGUAUAGACGCAGAAAACGGAGACGAAGAGGAAAGAUACGCGGCUGUAGUGAGGCCCGGGGACCCCGCACCCGGGAAAUACGUCAUACCGAACAAGAGGAAGAAUAUACAGAGCGGCAAGCUAGUCAAGCCCAUGGGUGCGAGCAACAACGGCGUCAGCGGUGGCAACAGCCCGGGCGGGGGAGGCGGGGGCACGGGGGGCAACAAGGGGCGCGAGGGGGGCAAGGAGCCUCGCCCGCCCCGACACCACCUCACGCCGCCUGCCGAUGCGCGCCCGCCCCACCAGCAGCCGCCGAGCCCAGCGACGGGUCCCAACGCCGCGCCUAAUAGUUCGGUAGCUGGUGCGGGCAAGAGUUACGCGGCACAAGCGGGCUCCCACCACGUGCCCGUAGUGCCCCACGCGCCUAUGGCGGCGACAGGCAAAUUAAACGGCGAGCCCCGAGCUCCUCCACCUCAUCGACACCACCACCACAAUCCGCCUCCACCAGGAGAAGCGAUGGGUCGGCCGCCGCGCCAUCACGCGCCGCCCGAGCCCCGGAGACAAGAUGAGGUCCAGGAACUCCGCAAGUUCGGGCAAGAAUUCAAGUUGGUGUCGUCUGCCGCACCACCGCCCGCCGUCGCUGUCGCCACCGCGCCCGCUGUCGCUGUCGCACCCGCACCCGCUGUCGCUCCUGUACUCACACACCCACCGGCGGUUCCGGCGGCGGCGCCUAGUCCUCCAGAAGUGUCAGCGAAUGCUCCCACUCCAGCGCCACCCGCUGAAUUGAAACGAGAACCCCCUGUACAUAAGCCACCGGUAAACGUGCCGCCGCCACCAAAGCAGGAAGACCAGCAACCACCACCGCUGCAGCAUCAAGACAGAUCGCCGCUCUCGUCUCCGCCUACGGCCGCGUCUCCAGUAUCAGUGACCCUGAAGAAAUCCACCCUCAACCCCAACGCGAAGGAGUUCAACCCCGCCGCUAAGCCGUUCACGCCCCGAAGUCCUACGACGCCUAAUCCUAGCCGUCCCCACACGCCGGGCACACCGGUGGGCGUGGGCGUUGGCGUGGGCGUGGGCGGCGUUGGCCUGGGCGGCGUGGGUGUGGUGGGCGCCGGCGUCAGCUACGUGCCCGCGCCGCAUCCCCCACCACCGCACCAUAUGGUGGCAGCGGUGCCGGCCUACGCUAUGGUCGCAGCGGCAGCGGCGGCGGCUCAACAACCGCCCACAUACUUGCCGCAUCCACAUCCCCUUGCGUAUGGAGCGAUGGGGGGCGGCGCCGGGGUCGCCGGCGUGGCGGGGGGCGCGGGUCAGCAUGCCCCCAUGCAAGCACAACAGCAGAGGAACUUCAGAAAAGUGGGAGUGGGGUCGGGCGUACAAGUGGCCGCGGCGACGGGUCAGCCGCUACUGGCGCCGGCGCCGAUGCAGCAGUUCGUGCCCUAUCCGCAUCCCCACCCCGGGCCCCAUCCAGCGCAACCGGCGCUGCAGUACCAGCAUAUGGUGCGCAUGUACCACGGCGGCGGCGUGGUUGGCGGCGUGGUGGGUGCGGGCGGGGUGGGGGUGGGCGUGGGCGCGGAGUCGUACCCCGCGGCGCCCUCCCCCGCCGCCGCCUCCCCCGCCCUCUACCCGCCACCCUCCCCCGCCCACACGCCGCACCCGCACCCGCACCCACACCCGCACCAGCACCCGCACCCGCACCACCACCACUACCAGCAGCCGCCGUUCCCGGUGUUAUGCGGGCUGCCGACCCAUCAUCACCACCACCACCACGUGGCCUACCUCAACCAUGCGCCGCCCACCGCUUCACCGCCCCACCACCCCCACCAACUACAGCAAGUGCUAUUGCCGCCGCAGCACAACUCGUCGGGCGGUGCGACGACGCCGGGGGUCCACAGCGGCUCGCACCCGUAACCGCUCCCCGCGCCGCGCCCGCGCCCGCGCCCGCGCCCGCGCCCGCGCCCUCUACCGCUACCGCGCAUGCGCCCGCCCACACACGCACCCCGCCUUCACCGCGCGACCCCGCCGUGCUAGGUGACUUUGACCACUCGAAACGCGCACUUAUCACUCGCUGGACGGUCUCGAAACUGGCUGGUCUUAGACUAUAUCCCUCAUAUUUAUAAACAAGGAAUUAACUUAGACUAGUUACUUUGUGGUUUUGUUCAUGUCUUUGAAAUGGCAUAUGUCAUUCGAUGAACGGAGACGGAAGGUCGAGUAACUAAUCCAAGCUUGUUCUUCGUUUAUUAAUAAGGUGGUUUAUGUUUUAAACCGCAAGCGAUCACUCACUGGUCGGUCUUCGAACUUAAUGUUUAAACUAGGAAUUUGUGUGAACACUUUCAUGUCCAAAGCACUCCUUGGUCGGUUAAAAAACUAUAUGUUUGAAUUCGAAAUUUGUUUGAAUACUCUCAUGGCUAAAACACUCCCUGGUCGGUUAUGAAAUUAUCUUUUUGAUUUAGAAAUUUGUGUGAAUGUUUUCAUGGUCACUUACUUACAUUAUAGUAAAUAUCGGGAACUUACAUAAAAUAAGAUAUGGUAAAGCAACCCCCAAAUUUGUGAUUUAAACUUUUAUGCUUAUUUACAUUAUUAUAGAAAAUAUCUUGGAAAACAAGGCACAAACUCGCUAGUAUUAAAUUCCUGGUUCAAAAAAACAGCUUUUUACUUCCAGCUGUGUUGGAAUUCAUUGAUAUGUGAUUUGGGCCGUUUUCAAAUUGCCAUUUUGUUAGUAUUUGUUUAGAGUAGAUAGGGCAAACUAGAAUUGCCACAAAUGGUGUCACUGUGAGUACAGUAGUAUUACACAAAUAUACUGGUAAUUAAGAUGAGACACAUCUUUCACGAAUAGAAAGAAAUCACCGAUCAUAUUUAUUCAACGAGAAAAGAGUCCCAGUAAAUAUAGCUUAUAUAUUCACUGAGGUAAAGUGAAAUUCGAAAGGCAAGCAAGCCUGAAAAGAGAUUGGUGCGAUUUUUAAAGGAAAUGUUAUUGGUGGGUUUUUAAUCAGUAUAAUCAUGUUACAGCGACAAUCAUGCGCGUUUUUACAGGCAAAGAAACAUUUCAUCCAGUCACUCGACGGCUAAUGUUCGAAUGCGUACGCGCCAUUAUUACGAAACUGGUCACAUGAGUUCAUGCGUACAUUUUCAACCUUUUGAUAUAGACAACAAAGUCUUUAAUGCUUAGUGUUUACGAUCUUAAUUAGCACUCAUUUGCGCUGAGAAAGAAUGCCGCUGUUAUACUUUAUUAUGUGGUACUACUGUACUCUUAAUAUUUGACAAAUGGCACAAGUCGUUUGAAUAAUGCAAUGCGAAAUCGGAAAUCCAUGUGAACCAUUCACAGCAAAAGAUUAUUUUGAAGCAAGGAGGGCAUUUGUUUGUGGGAACAUGUUCGUAGGUAUUCCAUAUGACGUAAAUAGUGUUCAGAUUUCUUUGUAUCAUCUUGAGAGUGGACAAUUCAACCAGAUUAAAUUCAUGAUAUUAUUGUUUUGCGUAAAUCAGAUAUAUCAAAAUAUAACAAAAUUGAGUUAGAUUAGUAAUACUCAGCAUCGACCAUACACGAAAUAGCUUAGCCAUUUCUAUAUCUGUUUCCGAAAGAAAAUAUCAACCAGUGAAUUAAAGUUUUCAACUCAUUCCCACUUAUUCCAAACUUAGGACAAAAGUUAGUCUUGGUUUAAACCUAAUGUUGUCUCUGUUUUUCUUUUUAGCAAACAAAAGUGACAGCAUCAGUUUUAGUCCAGGUUUAACUUUAGUCUAUGUUUUGUAAUAAUGCUGAUUAUCAUUUAAUAUGGCAGCUAACUAAACAGUUCAGAGCAUGUUGUCACAUAAUGCUGACAUUUCACUUUCCUAUUCGUAUUUGCUAUUUGUAAACUUGACAAUAGUCUGUCCUUAUCAUGCCUCCUGGAAUGAAAAGAACAGACUGAUGUUUAGUUCACAAAUAGCGAAUACGAAUAGCCAAGUUAAGUGCUGGCAUAAAACAAGUCUUCUACAAAUAUAUUAUGUAGUAUAUAAUUUCUAUGAACUACUGAUCUGCCAGUGAGUGAAAUUCUUUACCUUAUGGAGUUUUCUAGUGAAAAUAACCGCAAAACAAAAUUGUACCUUAAAGAUAACUGAUAUGGCUAUUUUUGUAACAAGAUGACGUUGUAGAGAUGAUUAGACUCAUCACAUUAAUUUACUUUCUGCUAAUUAGAAAAAACGAGGCAGAAUUCGGCUAUUGUGUGAUAAUUUCUAAAUUAGAAUUAUGAAUGAUUAUUAUUAAAUAAAAAGAAAUAUGCCUAUUUUAAAAUCGUGUGACCAUUUGUCAAGAUUUAAUUGGCUUUAUUUUUUCUAAACUACUCAUGGUCACAAAUGUCGAGCUUAUAAAUGUUAGUGGUGCGGAAACCAUAUUUGUAAGCGAUGUAAAUAUUAUUUUUAUGAAUCGAAACUCAUUCUAUAUGAAAUAAAAUAAUCCUUUGAACAGUUCCACCAAAUUGCUAUAAACUGAUACCUUACGAUAUUUAUUGUAUGGUAUAAGGUUGUUGCUAUCUUUAUUAUUAAUAAAAAAAAUGUCCAAUGAAAUAUCAGUUUCCAUUUCUGUAACGUCAUUCUGUACUCUGAAAACUGUUCUCAAUAUCUAUUUCUUGGCAGCAAAUAAUUCGUGCAUUUAAACAUAAGACAGCUAUAAUAUGUAUUAAGAUCAUAAUAUUAACAAUAUAUUUUAUUCAAAUAGGAUAUAAUAAAUAGCAAGAAUAAUGUAGCUAUAUUAUUGAGAACAGUCUCUUAUAAAUGAAGUCACAAAAGCAUUUUCGUUGUAAAUGUUAUACAGCAUGUUUACUGUAGCCGAUGUAAAUAACAUUUUUUUUCCUAGUAAUUUACACAAUAUUUUACAAUGUUUUUUAUUUAUUUCCUUUAAAGAUCAUAACAACAAUAUAUUUUUACAAAUUAACCAACUACAAAUUUGUAUUCGACUUCUAAUUCAAAUGUACAUUGAAACUGUAAUCGCUUGAUAAGCACGCUGUAUGAUAUAAGAGAGAAACUUAUUAAAAUUAUAAAUUAAGAUACUUCAAAAGGUAAAAGAAACCUAAAGGUUAUGUGGUUAAGUGUGAGGUUUGCUUAGCACGGCGGGGCGAAUACAAUGAAACUUAUAAAUGUGUAUUGUUGAUUUGUAGAUAGGAGCGGAAUGCCUCUGGGCUUAAAGGGCGACCGCGUGUUACUCUUAGAUAAAUUAUUUCUCUGAGCCCACUGAAAUUGUAAGGGAUUUGUUGAAAAUUAAUAUUCGGAAUUAUUCGAUAGUGAACUCGAAUCGUGAGUGGUGAGAAAAUGAUUUUUAUAUCGAUACAUAUGAAUCUGGACGAGUGAAUGAUUUAAAACACUUUCGGAGUUACUAUCGUAUGUAACCAAUCUACCACUCCGAAUGCGUUCCAAAUUUUGUACAAUUUCUGUCGGCCAUUUUGUUUCUCGUUGAAACUGCCGCCGGUUUCGUUGGCGUCGAAACUGGCCGCCGUUUGAAACGUAUUUAUUUAGAUCUAUGUUAGUUAUAUUAUUGUAUGUAAAAAAAGACCCUCCGUCAAGCGCUAUACAUUGUUACGUUGAGUGUCUAAUACACUUGUACGCGCUUAACUGUCUGUGGACUUAUGUUUUUGUUUUUUUUUAAUUAUUAUUAUGUAUGUGUACCCUAUAUGUAAUAUUCUGAAAAUUAGAGUAAGAUGUAUCUUUCCAGGUUAUGGUGUACGGGACGAUUGGUAAUGUCAAUCUGAGACCACUUUAUUUUGCAUACAGAUCACUAUCAGUUCCUUGUUUAUAUAGAUGACAAGUAUUUGUGAAGAACUGAAUUGGAUCUACCGUCGGUCUCAUAAUGUUUAUAGACAAAAUUAUUUGUUGAUUCUGUAUGAUUUGAUUGUUACUUUUAGUUCGAAUACUGCCUUAUGUGUGUGCUUUUUUUACAAAUGGAACCUUAUCUAUAUAUGCGUAUGAAACAAAUUUGAAUUUUCCGAGUACGAGUGCGUUCAACAGUCUUGUUUACGAAUAAGUUGCAUAUGCGUUAGUGUCUUUUCUGUUACUGCCAUACUACUGUAGGCCCCUACUCAAACCCGUCGCGUAUUCGAGAACCGCAUGUAGUUUUGACAAUAAAUAAAAUUGAUAGGUUACGUGUUGGUUGGAUGCGUGUUUACCCACUUUAAUACUAGCAAAUCCACAAUUGGUGAAAUGAUAUAAACAAUAAAGGAAUUCAUCUUUCACUGUGAUUUCAAAGUUUAAAUAAAGUCUGACAUCGUCAGCGCAAACACGCAUCUUAGAUUGCAAACAAGCUCCUUUCGGUCUGCGUAGACCCUUGUUUGUUAGUUAGGUCUUGCACAAAACAGGACUAGAUCUCUCACAUUAUUUCUCUCGUUCGUAAAAAAUAAUGUUAGUAUUGUGAUGUUUCCGUAUUGUCCCAUUUAUAUUUUAUAUUUUACAGGCACGGCGAAAAUGGCUCUUAUAAUAGUCGCAGUCUUAUUGCAACGAAAACCACAUUAGUUAUUGAAAGUUGGAUAUUAGAUUUGAUGAUAUUUUUUUUCAAUACCACAUUACCAAUCCCUGUCACAAAUUACACUUUUAUCUAGUUUAAAUACCAUUAAAGUUACUACGAUUCAUUUGAACAAUAAAAAAAUAGAUUUCCCCCCUUAAUUCGAAUUAUCGUUAUUAAUUCGCUAUAAUCGGUUUAUUCUCGUCGUGCCAGUACAUUGAUUACGUGUCGGAUCAAGGGGAGCUUAGUCCAUGACCUCCGCGCGGUGCUCCCUGGGUCGCGCCAAACGUGGACACAUGACCGUGGGCGUAUCCGGCUCGAAGGACCAAGGCGGAUAUUUACUCUAUAUCCCCUUUUUUUCAUCAGAUUUAUACUUUGGAGGUUACAAAAGCUAUUGGGUGUUUCUCUAAAACGAUGUCGUUACAGUUUAUGAAUAUUAUUAGUGGAAUUCAAAAAGUUCCUGCCCACGAUGCGCCCAUGCCCAUGACACUCAUAGUUUCAUCGGUCAUUCGACUCCUGGCAGCAACGCACUGCCGACACUGGGGGGAUGCGGAGAUUAAAUUAAGGAAUUCGUGAUAUUACAAAAGCUAUUUGGAAUUUCUUAACAACAGCCCCCCAGUAAUUCUGCAUUUGUUUUGUUUUUAUUAGAGUUAGAGCGACCCUCGAUUUACAAUAACUAUCGAUAAUACAAAAACCCAUUCAAUUGCAACGUAAAAAAUAUUAAAACAGAAACAAUAUAAAUGAUACUGUAAAUUUGGAUUAAAAAAAAAUAAAAACUUUUCUAAGAAUAAAAGAAAACUCGACCCAAAUAGAAUAUUUACUGCUGAAACAAGUGUUUAGGUGUAAAGCGACUAGAUUGUACAAUAGACAUAUUUACAAAUAAUAAAACAGAACGAAACGUUGGUAUUAAAAAAAAUAUAAAUAUGUAACUAAUUUUAUCUUUGCUAAGUCCAUGGAGGUGUUAAGGUAGUUGUAAAUAUGUAUAUACGAAAAAAUAUAUAUAAAGAUAGAGGGGAAAAUAGAGUCCUUUCCCGGAAUAUGCUUUUAUUCGUGUAUCAUUUGUGAUGUAUAAAGAAUUUGGAUAAACGUUAACAUUUAAAAAAUCACAAAAAAAAUAUCGGAAAGGGCCUAAGGAGAGCGACGGCGAGUGUGCGAGCAACGAACUAACGAUCGGACGCGGCGUCGCUCGCUUUAUAUAUUAUAUAUAAUCAUUGUUUUAUUUUCACUUUUGUUUUAAAAUUUUAUUAUAUAGCGUGAAUGCGUACACUGUGUUUGUUGCUAUGUAGAGUUGAUAUGAGAAAUUCUAUGUGCGUGUGUUGAUUGUUGAGCGCCAUACAAAAUAAAUGAUAUAUAAAUUAUAUAUAUCGAUAUGAUUUCGAGUCACAGCACUACUGUGGCACCGUUCUGAAUGAGGCGGGAGAUUUGUUUACGGCCUGUUUUUUUUUAAUAUACGGACGAUUAAUUAGCUCGACUUCAAAUUUCCAAUAUUGUCUAAGCGUUGUAGUAGUUCCUUUCGACGGCCGGUUCGUAUUACGGUUGUGGAUUAGAAAAAACAAUUGUAAUAACUUUUUGUACACAUUGCCAAUGUUAAUGUCCGUGUCGAAUGAAGUUUUUUUUUUGAAGUCGGUACGUUCGAAAUUAUGCAACGACAGCCCUUUACUAUGUAUCGUGUAUAUACCCGUGGCUUACGCACAAUGCAUUAGUAGAAUUUUAACCCAAUAGCGCGAUGAGCGUACGACAGCCCCUACAGAGAAUUCUUUUUACGUAGCCGAGCUUAGUUCAUUGUACCGCCGCAGCGAGAAAUACUAUUUGUGCCUUGAACUUUAAUAAACCGAUAUCGUUUGAAAUCGCGACUUUAAUACAGAGUCUGUAAGAGUUGUGAUGUUGACGUGGUGGUUGUCGCGCGUACCUGAGUAGCGUGGAACCAGCUGCGUCACGUAGGUUAGAUGUCUCUGAAACAGCUUCCUUGUAUGUCGUACGUCGAAUGGGCACUUGAAUAUGUAAAUAUUGUCAUCCUAGAAUCCGCGUGGAUGAUGUGUUCCAUUACCCGUAGAAUAAUGAUUCUAUAAUGCCUUAUACGAGUAUUGCCCCACGUAUGGGGCGCGAAACGGAGUUGUCACCAACUGUAGCCGGGCGGUGGACUCUGUACAAGGCUAUAUAACAAAACAUCUUGUCAAUUUUAUUAAUGCAUUAAAUUAUAAGCUCGAACGGAAGGACGGCACUCCAUCGCCCGGCAUUCGCUAAGACUGAAGGAAAUGAAUGAUGGAUUGUGGUGUAAAUGUAAACAUUGGUGUUUUAUAAAGUGGGGAGCCUAAAAACUGUUUGUAUUCUGUAUACAACGCGUCACGAGGCGCACGCUCGAUGCGUCAGCUUCUAUUAUGAUUUGUGAAAAUGUCUAGCUUACGGCUGGUCGGUGCCAAACUCAACGGCAUUUUGUUUUAAAUACUGUAUUUGUUGAACGACGCCCAACACCUAUGUCGAUGAAUAUUUUUCAAUAAAAAAAUGAUAAAAAAUGUGUUUUGAACACAACAGACGAGUGUUUUAUUUUAUACCAAACCCUGACCUGGGGGCGAAUUGUGAAUUUUUUUCGAUUCAGCCGUCCUUUUUAUUUUGUUGUUGGGAAAGAGAUAAAUUGACACUUUCUUAAGCUUUGAGAGAAAAAGCAAGAGACAUAGUUAAACAAUAAACUCCCAGACCAAUUGAUUAAAGAAUUACUGUGGCUGGGGUCCUUUAAGAGGCGUGAAGAAGCAUUUUUGC